GUAUACAUAAUAUAGUAAGCAUAAUAAUCGUAUCAGUGUGACAAAAGUUUACUGAUAUGCUGUUGCCGAUUGCGUUUCGGUUUGCAGAAAACGUACCUACAAAAGUUGCUGUGUAUAAUUAAACUGUUGUAGAAAACGAAUUCCGCUGUUAACGCAGAUUUCACCGACAAAUAUAAGUGGUAAAUAGAGAAAAAAAAUGAGCGAUCAAGUGGACUUAAACGCACCCCGAUGGGAUCAAUCUCGGUAUUGGGGUCGGGCCAAAUACUUUUUCACCACUACUAACCCUUUGAAUGUGUUUAAGUCUAACGACGAACUGGACAGAUGCAAACACAUCGUCGACACUUACAAAAAAGAUAAUCGGAUCAUCGACGGGCUGACGCUGAAUGAUCUAUACAAAGCAAAAGAUGUGGUCGACUCGGCCUUUCAUCCGGAAACGGGCGAGAAAAUGAUCAUUUUCGGUAGAAUGUCCGCUCAAGUGCCAAUGAACAUGCUCAUAACCGGUUGUAUGCUUACAUUUUACAAAACUACACCGGCAGUUGUAUUUUGGCAAUGGGCCAACCAAUCGUUCAACUCUCUAGUCAAUUACACCAACCGAAGUGGUAAUUCGGCAAUGCCUUUAGAUGAAGUGGCCAAAUCAUACGUGCUCGCUACGAGUGGAGCUUUGGUAACGGCUCUAGGUUUGAACAAACUCGUCAAAAGAUUACCAACACUUGUCGGACGGUUUGUACCAUUUGCUGCUGUUGCCGCUGCCAAUUGCAUCAACAUUCCUCUUAUGCGAAAAAAAGAAUUGGACACCGGCAUUGAAGUGUACGACGAAAACAAACGUUUUUUGGGAGAAUCUAAGUCGGCCGCUUACCGUGGUAUUGGCGCGGUCGUGUUCAGUCGCAUCGUAAUGGCGUCGCCGGGAAUGGUCGUGACGCCGGUGAUAAUGGAAGCGAUCGAACGAAAGGGACUGUUGAGGAAUUUCAAAUGGGCACCGGCACCGAUACAAACUGUACUGUGUGGAAUCAUUUUGACAUUGGCCACACCAAUGUGCUGUGCACUUUUCCCACAAGUGUCGCCGAUUUCAAUUGACAAACUCGAACCGGAAUUACAAAGAACUGCAGCGAAGUACAAUUCACAAAUCGGAUAUUACAACAAAGGGUUGUAAAUUGAUAUGACUAUACUCAGUGGCUACAUGACGUGAAUAUUUGUUAAUAGUAAGUUCAAUACUUCAUAAUUAUUCAGCUGUAUUUAAUACAUUGAAGUAUAAUUAUUAGACUAUUAGUAAGCAACUUUGGAAGCUACUUGAACACAGAGUUUCGUUAUAUUAUUUUAUUGCUAUUCAUUUAUUUACGAUCUUAAGUCUAUAAUGUGUUAUACUUGUUAAAUAUAAUAAUAAAAACAUUAUUUGUAAUA